AGUCACUUCAUCAUAAUUGUGUUUAUAAUGUAUCUAAUAAAAUUAAUACCUUAUAAGGAUUAGUUCUUUGAGACCGAAAGUUGUAAUGAAUGACUGAGGUCAUUCAUAUAAUGAAAGAGGAAUCUAUAAGUUCAUCAUCAUAACAUAUUAAUUUCUAAACACACGAGUAUUAUUGAUACUGCUUCUAACUACCGUCACCUACACGUUCUGUGAGUGCAUCCAGUUUACUUAUAUUUUGAAAACAAAAUUGUACCUCCAAUUGAUCUUGUUAAACAUGGCCUGGGAUUUAACAUUAGAUUUUGAAUACGUUGUAACGAAAAAGGCACCACCUCGGAUGUGUUUUGGUACUACCCUUGAUCGGGAAGUUCUUCCAACAAAAGGACCAAAUUUAAGUCCAUUUAUGAGAAGGAAUGCGGGUGAAGUUCGACAGAAUUUAGGUCCGGGAUCUUAUGAGAAUGACCGUGAUGCGUUCUACGAUCUUACUCACAGGAUUUACAGCAAGCUAUACUACGGACCAAAGUCACCUCGUUGGGUCGUUAAACACGAAUACCAACCGCCGCCUAAAGAACCGACCCCCGAAAAGCCAAUACCAAAAAAUUGUGCUCCAUUUAAUUCCACAUCGAAGAGAAAAGGACUAUUUAAUGCGAAUGAUUAUCCUGCAGCCUGUGAUUACUACCCAAUAUACAAGAAAAAGGAAAUGAAAUUUGCAUACAGCUUUUCAGGAAAGAAAGUUUUGAAAUGUGCUGUUGAGAUAAAAUGCGUUCCAUAUAACUUGGAUGCGUGUGGAGUCUGCGGCUGUUCGUGUUCCGCUCAAGGAGACUAUUGGCAAUUUGAAAAUAGGAUAUUCCUCUGCAGAAAACACUAUACGAGAUUAUUUAAACAUUGUCUUUCCAAAUUUCAAGGAGCUAAACUAGCUGAAUUUAAGUCCAUACGAGAUUGUUUCUUCGCACACGCACACAAUAGCUGCAAAGCUGCAUUAAAAAUUAUGACUGUUGAAGAGAUUGAGAAGAAACUUAGAAAAGAAGCUUAUUUAGAUUUAUAUUUUCCACAACGUCGUUAUUGUAACAAUUAGAUUUCAAUAUUUUUUGGAGAUGUACUUAAUAUAGUU